GUGUUUAGGUGAAUGAUCUUUUUUAUCCCACUAUCAGAAUUAACUAGUUUUUUUCCAACCUUAUUCAUCAAGAUUAUCAUGAAGAUCUUAAGUAUGUGAUACAAUAAAAAUAAAACUCGAUGUCAAUCAAGUACAUUUCCGUUAGACCGGUCUUCAUAAAGGUCAGCUAGAAUUUUGGCUUUUAAAAAGUCCAUUUCCUACUCAACAGGAUAUAUUUUAUUCCCUCAAUCACUGGAGUAAACAUCAGAGUCAGUUUAAUUGAAAAAUAAACAAAUUAUUCCAAAGAUAAAAUGCUAAUUUCAGUUAUUAUCCUGGUGAUUUUGAGUUUAGAAAAGAGUUUCUGUGAUACUUUUAAUGUUUUUCACGUUAAUUCCAGUGAAAUUAGUCAAUUAAUUAACACUAGAGAAGUGAGCAGUGACAAACCUGACCUAUCCUUCAUCCAAAACAAUUCAAAAGUGCAUUUUGAAUUUCUUUUAGAAGGUAUUGAAGAUCAGGAAUGUCGUGACCAGGUGAAAUUGGUGAUUUUUGGUUUAAAAAAUUUUACAAAGUGGGCUUUUGAGUUCUAUGAUGCUUCUGCAAAGAUUCCUGAUGGGAUCUUAAGUGGGUCUAUCUACCAAUUGGGUAACUUUGAUGAAUGUGUGAAAGUUGAGGAUGAAUCAGUUAUUGGAUUCUCUAGGAAAUAUUGCCUGUCAGAAGUGACUCUAGAGAAAAGAGGUAAUCACAGUGAUGGUAGUGGGGUAUCAGUGUGGGAUGAAUUUAAUUCUAGACCUGGUAAUGAUAGAGAAAAGAGUCAUAGAGAUAGUGAUUUAAUAGAAAAAUUAUUUUACGGUGUUUGUGUUCCUGUUUCUUGUGAUGUUGGAGAUGUAGAAAGAGUUCUUGAUAAAAUAAUUAAUCAUACUCUUAAUGUUUAUGGAGUUGACUUGAAAAGUCGAUCACUAGUGGAUAAAGAAAAGUGUUAUAAGAAUCAGACAAUUAACAUUGAUACUUAUGACAUUGCUUAUCUUGCUUGCAUUUUAAUAAUCAUAUUCUUGGUAUUCCUUGGAACAGUAUUCCACAUAUCAACAUUAUCACGACCAAAUCAACCCCAAGGACUUUUAUUCAACAUCCUACGAGCCUUUUCACUCAUUUCCAACAUCAAAAAAUUAUGCUCUCACGCACACGAAGAUGGCUUGAACUUGAGUUGUAUAUCAGGAAUAAAAUUCGCUGCCAUGGGAUUUAUUGUGGCCGGUCAUUGCCUUAUGUUUGUCCUUGGAGGUCCAAUAUUGAACAAAGACUUUUGGAGACAGGCUUCAGGAAGAGUUGAAAAUGCAAUUUUUCUUAAUAAUCCACUUCUUGUUGAUACCUUUCUCUUCCUCAGUGGAUUUUUAUUCGCUAGAAUCGUCCUUCAGGAGCUUGAUAAGCGGAAAUAUAUCAAUUUCUUCUUCCUCUAUGUCUUUAGAUACAUAAGAUUGACUCCAGCAUAUCUUGUCAUGAUCGGACUUUAUACCACCUGGCUACCGAAACUGGACUCUGGACCACUUUGGUCACGGAUGACUGAAGAAAAAAGAAGAUGUCUAGAUUCCUGGUGGACUAAUCUUCUUUACAUUAAUAAUUAUGUUAACACUGAUAACUUGUGUAUGUUCCAAUCUUGGUAUCUUUCUGUUGAUACUCAAUUAUUUAUCCUCGCUCCUGCUAUCAUUUAUCCACUGUGGAGAUGGAGGAAGGUUGGUGAGUUGAUUCUAUCAAGUGCAACUGCUCUUACGGUGGUGGUACCAUUCACUGUGACAUUGGUCAACAGUUUGGAUCCAACUCUCAUGAUUUAUAUCAAGGAAAUUCAAGACAUCUCAAGCAAUUAUUACUUCAAAAACUUUUACAUCAAAACACACAUGAGAGCUAGUGCUUAUUGCUUUGGACUGAUAUUCGGUUACAUUCUCUACCGAAUUCAAACCAGCAACUACAAAUUUUCACGAUUAUCUGUGAGAAUCUAUUGGAUCCUUGCUUCACUAUCACUGGUAUCAUCAAUGUUCUCCAUCACCACAUUUUACACGACUCGAAAAAACUUCACAUCACUUGAGGCUGCUACUUAUUCAGCUCUACAUCGAGUAUUUUGGAGUCUAGGAACUGGAUGGGUGAUCAUAGCAUGCAUCACUGAUAACUCUGGUCCAGUGAGAAAUUUCCUUAAAUGGAAACCAUUUAUUCCUUUAAGUAGAUUGACUUAUUGUGCUUAUUUGGUGAAUGGAAUUGUGGAGCUUUACAGUAUUUCUACCACCAGAACUCCUCAGUACUUAGAUAAUAUUAAUCUUUUUUCCAAAGUCAUGGGACAUUUGGUCAUGACAUUUGGUGGAGCUGUGAUACUUUCUACGUUUUUUGAAGGACCUAUUCUAGGUCUUGAAAGGAUAUUCCUUCGACCAGUGAUGGAAGCAUCGAAAGCAUCCAAAAGAGAUAAUCAGGAUGGUACAGAUACAACAGAAGCAUAAUUGCAAUAUGUAG